AUGGGAGUAAUGGCUCCCAUGGAGGAAUUCUUGCCGGGCAUGUCCCCUGUCCACCGCCCAUCUCCUCCCCCCACCUUCAGCUUAAUCGGGCUCGCCGGAAAGCCCGAGACCUUCCCAUUUAACCCGAUCCGCGGCGGCGACCCGCGCGAGCUCCACGAGAGCGACGUCGUCUGGUCAUUCGCCGUCUCCCCCGACGGCCGCCGCCGCUUCAAUCCGGAGAGAUCUGGCCUCUCCGCCCUCCUCUCGGACGAAGCCUACCGCCCCGUCUGCCAGAAAUCUAGCCCCGUGGCCAUCCCAAAGGAGUUGCGGCAGGGGGAUGGUCAUGCUCCGGCGAAGUUCCGACAAUCGGUACCCGUGAACAUCCCGGCGUGGCCAAAGAAUUUGAAGUGCUCCGGCGAGGUGGAGGUGGACGACGGUGGCGGGGAGGCGGGGGAGAUGGUGCCCCCGCACGUGAUCGUGGCCAGGUCGCACGUGACGUUCUCGGUGUUCGAGGGCGCCGGGAGGACGCUGAAGGGCCGUGAUUUGCGCCGGGUCCGCAACACCGUGUUGCAGAAAACAGGUUUUAUCGACUGA